AUUUUACCUGGCUAGCUUCCAAGGUAUGCGUACAAUGAAGAAGACGUGAGGUCAACGCUUUUGGUGAAUGAAGUUGUUCAAUCAACCGAGGUAGUUUUGGGAGUCUCUCGAAUCCGGGGUUUUAGCGUCCGAUCCACGCUAAAUUGCGGGACAUUCCGCAUUAUCACCGGCGUCCGAGCGACCACUUUCAUAUCAUCAUUCACUCCUUGGAUCCUUGGAUAGGAUUGAUUACUGUACCUAUUAUCAUAAACAUCUUAUAUCACUCGCUUUGGCAAUCAUGGGAUCAAUCAGCGGUAAUGAGAAUACACGUCCUGAUGCAAAGGAAAUCCGAGUCUUGGUUACAGGUUUUGGUCCUUUUCGCGCGCAGUUUCCUAUAAAUCCAUCAUGGGAAAUAGCAUCUCGUCUACCAUCUUACGUUCCUACGGAUGUAAAAGAUGAGGGGCACCAUCCGCAUGCACGACCACCAAUAAACAAGCACACUCCACGCAUUAAGAUCGAGACUUAUGGAGCGCCAGUUCAUGUAGGAUACAAGGCUGUUCGGGAACUUGUGCCUGUACUUCUUGAUGACACAAAGCCUGAUUAUAUACUACAUAUUGGAAUGGCAUCUGGUCGAUCUUUUUACAGUUGUGAGCGACGGGGUCAUCGAGAUGGAUAUUUCAUGAAAGAUGUCGAUGGGAGUGUUUUGAACGACGAAUACAACAAGAUCAAGGAGGGCGAUGACUGGGUAUGGCAUGAUUGUCCUGGGGAACUUUUGACGAGUUUGCCAUUCGACAAAAUGUUUCGUCAAUGGAAGGAAGCUUGUCCUGAAGUCGAUACACGCAUUUCCGAAGAUGCCGGUAACUACCUCUGCGAUUUUAUAUACUAUACCUCUCUCGCACACCGUUACAAGCAUCAAAAACCAAAUAAAGCCAUGUUCUUACAUGUACCCGUCGACUCCGAUCCCGAGUCUGUACGGAAGGGUGUUGAAAUUACAACCGAGCUAAUUCGGGCAAUGGUUGAAUGUGAUCUCAAAGCUCAAGCCAAUACUGGGGACGAUAUUAAUACCACAGAAGAGAAAGUGGAUCUGUGAAUACUUUAAUUAUUUGACAGGUGAAAUUGCAUAUACCUGACUUAGUAAAGUGGAAUUGGUAAACAUAUUAGGCAGGAUGGACAUCAUGGGAAUAACAUUUUUGGUAGUAUUGGUAGCAUCUGUAGUUUUAAGAGCAUGGCAUUAUAACAGCGUUAGGACCUUUGAGGACACAAGAAUUAUUUUCAAGAAUAAGAAAAGAGAAAUACAACAUCUGAAAAAAGGCUCCAACUAAUCAUUAAUUGUUCACUGCGAUAUUCCAAUCAGACAUUGUUGAGCAGAGUGUGCUUCGAAGGUUUC